CACGGUUCGAAGUCGGAGAUUUUUAUUAAAAACCGAUGAUGCCGAGAACCUAUCAGAAACGUUUAGGCGCUCGAGGCUAUAAAAAUUAUACAGAAGAAUUACUGGAUCGAGCUAUAACAGCUGUCACAGAAGGUCGUAUGACCUUGCGGGCGGCUUCUGAAAAGUUUAAUAUACCGUAUGGCACGAUUUUUAAUAAAUAUCAUGGAAAGUAUAUAAAGAAACCAGGAGCACAGCCAGUAUUUUCUAAAACUGAAGAGGAAACUAUUCUGAAAUCGUGUGCUAAAUGCGCUGAUUGGGGAUAUCCGCUUACAACUUUAGAUUUGCGCAUGUUUGCUAAAAUUCUAUUAGAUUCACAAGGCAGAACAGUCUCCAAAUUUCGAAAUAAUAUGCCUGGACAAGACUGGGCAUACUCACUGCUCAACCGGCACAAAAACCAGUAUUCUCAACGGGUGUCUACUAAUAUCAAACGAGCUAGAGCGGCAGUAUCCCGUGAAAGUAUUGAGGAAUAUUUCAAAAACCUUGAAAAUACUUUGAAAGAAGUACCUGACUCAAAUAUUUUCAAUUAUGAUGAGUCGAAUCUUAGUGACGAUCCAGGUAAAAAGAUAGGGAUAUUUCGCAGAGGUGUCAAGUAUCCAGAAAAGGCGAUGAACUUUUCCAAAAGUGCCACAUCUAUAAUGGUUUGUGGUUCUGCUGAUGGUGUGCUAUUACCACCCUACAUAAUUUACAAAAGCUUACACCUUUACGAUACCUGGAAGGAGAGGGCACCGCGUGGCCCGCCAUGCUGCAAUCAGCCUUGUUGCUCAGGUGGAUCACGAUUUAACCGCACAGUUAGUGGUUGGUUCGACGCACCAUCAUUCCGGGACUGGUUUGUAAGUUGCUUUAUGCCUCAUGCAAAAAGGCUGCCUGGUCGUAAAGUUCUUAUUGGAGACAAUCUUUCGUCUCAUUUAGAUGAGCAAGUCAUAAAACUUUGCAGCGAAAAUGACAUUGAUUUUGUGUGUUUGGUGCCACAUUCGACGCACCUAUGUCAACCUCUUGAUGUGGCGUUUUUCCGCCCAAUGAAGACAGCAUGGCGGCAAGUUUUGACCAAUUGGAAGAUGCAAAAUGCUAAGUUGUCAUCUGUUCCAAAAGAUACAUUCCCUCAUCUGCUGACAAACGCUCUCAACAAAAUGGAUGAAGUCCAACCAAAACCAAAUUCAGAAUAUAAAGACAUAACUUCUGGGAUUAAAAGGAACAUGAUGAGCGGAUUUCGUGCUGCUGGUAUUUAUCCUUUUAAUAAACAAAAAGUUCUUGAUCGUCUACCAAAAGAAGAUAUUGGAGGGCAGGAAAUUGAAAGUGCUUUAACCAAUUUUUUAAAGGAAUCAAGAUAUGGAAGUUCUUCGAAUCAAUCUACAAGGAAAAAAAGGCGUUUAGAUGUAGCUCCCGGCAAAAGUAUUGCAACCCGAGAGGAAACUAUACAAUCUACUGAUCCCGAACAAAAUGAGAUUGCAGCAUCUGAUAUUCAAGAAACAGAAAUUCAAGCAUUGGUUGGUCCUAGUACAUCUCAAGGCGAAGCUCCACGUUUAGACGACGAAGAAAUCCCGGAUAGACAAAUAUAUGAAAGUGACCCUGAUGAGGAUGUAGUAGAAGCAGAAGAUGAGAAGACAGAGUGCAGUUUAGGAAGAUUCGUAUUAGCGAAAUUCUACACGAGACGUGGCAAAAAGACCUACAAAUAUGUUUGUCAAAUUGUAGAAACUGAACCUUUGCUUGUCGAGGGUUUCAAAUCGGUUGGAACUAAAAGAAAGUUUAAAAGAGUUCCAGAUGAUAUAUCUGAAAUUGAUUACACCGAUAUUAUAUCUUAUUUACCAAAGCCUGUUAAAAAAGACGACUUUAUAAUUUUUCCUUUUGAUAUUAAUAUUCAAGAAUUGUAG